AUGCAGUUCUUCAUUGUGGUAUUGUUCAGUACCCCUGUGGUGAUGGCUUACGAUGCCGUAGUUUUCUCGAACGAUCAACAAGUGACGAAGGAUUAUCCAACAAUAGAAAACUUGGUGUUUACCGCGUCUGCCAGUUCACCGCUUGUCUUCAUAGUGAAUCCCGAUUUCACUCUUGGGCAGUUUUCAAAACAAGCAUUGGCAUUCUCAUUAGGGAGUGAUACAUCAGGGCUUCCAGCAACUGUCAAAUCCUCUUCUUACCACUCCGAUCGUUAUUACAGUGAUGUUAUCCGUGUUCCUGAUGCUGUGAUUGUAAAAUCAAGUGAUGAUUUCGUUCCUAACGCAAAUGUUUAUAUUUUGGAAGGUACAGAGUGGGCCAGUAUGGAGCUACUUGCUCAAGAAUUUCUUCCCCAAUUGGGCCGUACUUACACCGCAAUUAUAACUGCUACCGAAGGAGUGUCGACAAGAAAAGAUAGAGUGAAACGAGUUGCAACAUCUGAAAUGGUGGAUGAUGCUUCUUCAGGCGUCCAGGAAUCUGGAGGUCCCGAUGUUAAGAUGCCUAUGAAUUUGCCACCAUAUAACAGGACAGAAUAUCCUAACGUGAAGCCGUUGAGUGCUGGGUUAGGGUCGUGCCUGCUUUACCUGGAAGGUGUGAACAUUGUGGUGCAAAAUAGCAAGAAAAUGUUCGCCACUAUUCCAAUUCGCUCUAUGGUGAACACGACAACCUGUUUCGUCGUUCGUUUGAAGCUUAAAGGUGAUGUGACUGAUGCCAAACAGCAGAUUAAAAUCAGUUCAGGAAGUCAGUCAGCAAAGGCUGAAAGCAAGGCCAUAUCUGCUUCUGUUGGCAACGUUGGUUUCAAAAGUGUAGUAGGCUUCGCUAUGGCUUGUAGUGACUCACAGGCCGCAUUCUUCAAUACCGAUCAGGAUGGUGUGCUCAUCGGUAUAUCACUAUACAACACUGAGAUUCAAACUGUUGCUGUUUAUCCCGAUCCUAAGACGAAACAGAUGUACUUCACGAGACAGGUGGAUGAUUGUAUUGGAACAUUUUCAACUGGAUCAUGGAUGGGUGAGGAUGCAAAGAAUUGUGAGCACCUUGAUCCUGUUGUUUGGUUUUCUCUUUGGAUACUUGAUGUUGAACUCUGUUCAAACAAUGGAUCGAUUCGAUGA